UAGGAAACCUGUUAGUCGACGGCGAGCGACAAACGCAACAAGACGAAUCGAACGGGUCGAGUGCGACGCUAAGUGGUUGUGUUGAAAUUAUCGAAAUUAUUUUAGUGAAAUUAAUUUAGGAAAAUAAAAAUAAAACAAAAUGAAUACAAUCGAAAUUCCCAAAACAGUGAAUCCUGAUUUGGCCAUUGAACGCAAAAAUGCCAGCUUCAAUCCGGAUGAAAUGGCCGCUUUCUUUUGGGGACGCAAAGAAAUUGUCGAUAUGAAACGUAUGAUUGAGGAAGAACUCUACAACGAUUUGGAUGAUCCGCUAGAUCAUGAAUUUGCCUCCUAUGAAGAAAUGGCCUCGUUGGCCGUCAAGCAUGCCGUCAAUGCCACCAAGAAACUGAGAGCCAUACAGGAACGUAUACAUCCCGGUGGUUCGGAGGUUUAUCCAACCCUAAUGGGUGGUCCAAUUGGUGCGGCGCUAAUGCCAGCUGGUAACCCCUUGGCUGUGCAUCUUGUCAUGUUUACACGCGCCCUUAAGGGUCAAGGUACCCCCGAGCAAUACGAGAAAUUUGGCAGACGUGCCGACAAUUGUGAAAUAAUUGGCACCUAUGCCCAAACUGAGUUGGGUCAUGGAACCUUUUUGCGUGGCUUGGAGUCCCGGGCGGACUAUGAUCGUAAAACAGAGGAGUUUGUGUUGAACACUCCUACACUGACAUCAUACAAAUGGUGGCCAGGAGGAUUGGGCCAAACCUGCAACUAUUGCAUUUUUGUGGCCCAAUUGUAUAUUGACAAUGAGCCGAAAGGUAUUCAAAUGUUUGUGGUCCAGGUGCGUGAUGAAGAGACCCACAAACCCUUGCCGGGUGUACAUGUUGGUGAAAUUGGCAAGAAGCUGGGUAUGAAUGGUGUAAACAAUGGUUUCUUGGGUCUGAAGAAUUAUCGUGUUCCCCGCACCAAUAUGUUGAUGAAAAAUCAACAGGUCUUGCCGGAUGGUACAUUUAUCAAGAGUCCAGUGUCCCAGCUGUCCUAUUUCCCCAUGGUAUAUGUGCGCUGUAUGGUUGCCAUUAGCAAUGCCUUGAUGUUGGCCCAAGCAGCCACUGUGGUGACCCGUUACUCAGUGGUCCGGCGUCAGAGUCCCAUUGAGGAGGGGCAACCUGAACCCAAGGUCUUGGAACAUUUGACCCAACAAAUGAAAGUGAUACCCGAAAUUGCCACUGCCAUUGCCUAUCGCCUGGCCGCCGGCAAUUUACAUUUCAUGUACAAUGAAACGGCGGAGGCCAUUAAUCGCAAGGACUUCUCACGUCUCCCCGAGUUGCAUGCCCUGGCCUGUAUCCUCAAGGUUUCCUGUUCCUAUGACUCCACAUAUGGCAUUGAACGUUUGCGUCAGGGAUGUGGUGGUCAUGGCUAUUUGACAGCGGCCAAUUUGGGUAAUUUAUUUGCCGUAUCCACAGCUGCCUGCACCUAUGAGGGUGAAAAUUCCGUCUUAUAUCUGCAGGUGGGCAAAAUCCUCAUGAAGGUGUGGGCUGAUGUUUUGGAGGGUAAAAAGUUAAUGCCCACUAUGGCAUAUUUCACAGAAUGUGCCAACCGACCACAGUUUCCUCAAUGGACUGGUACCUGGGAUUGCUUGGUUAGAGCGCUGCAGUAUGCUUGUGUGGGGGCCACCCGUGUUGCCUACAAGAGCUACUCGGCCCGCCUCAAGGAUGGACAAAGCCAACCUGUGGCCGUGAACAACACUGGCUUGGAAUUGACAAAGGCUGCCGAAUUACAUGGCCGUGUCUAUGUGGCCUCCAAUUUCUAUGAGGAAGUCAUUAACGGGCCCACAAAGAGUGAACGUUCGCCACAAUUCCAAAAGGUUUUGGAAAAUCUAUUGGAAUUGCAUUUGAUUCAGACCUUCUUCCGUCAUUUGGGUGAUAUUUUAAGGUUCGUUCCAGUUACGGAAAAUGAAAUCGCUGCCCUGCAAAUCCGUUUGGAGGAAGUUCUCAAGAAAUUGCGUCCCGAUGUUGUGGCCAUUACCGAUGGUUUUGAAUUUCACGAUAAGGUACUGAACUCUGCUCUCGGCUCCUAUGACGGCAAUGUCUAUGAACGUUUGUUCGAGGCUGCCUUGAAACAUCCGCUGAACAAGAAACCUGUGCCGGAUUUCUUUGGAAAAUAUCUGAAGCCUUUUAUGAAGGAAAAUGCUAUGAAAUCCAAAUUGUAAAAUAAAUUGUGAAAAGUGUAUCUUACAUUCCCAUUUCCAUUGUCAAUAUGUAUAUAUUUUCUGAAAUACCUCCCUUGGUAAUUCCUGGUACAUAGCUUUAAAUUUAAGUUUAAAACAAAAUGUUUGUACAGUUGUUAUUUUAUACUUUCUUUCUAUUAAAUAAAAAAAUAGCUUUUAAAUACUA